UGCGGGCAUGGGACGGUGCGGGGGUGUAGUACUUUGUCAGCCGGGGCUUGCCUGUCUGGUUGACUGCCAGCCCCUUCAUGGAUCAGCUCUGACUGAUGGGCUUGAAGGAGACUGUGCGCACAGAUGAGCACUGCAUCGAUCAUCUCACGGGCAAGGAGCGCUAAGUCGGCGCUCGCGUGCGUGGUGGCCAAGGCACUCGCAAGCUUGGACUCUGCUCGCCUCAACAGGGCACACCAUGGCAGACAAGGACGACAAGGCGCCGGGCAUGAUGAGCGAGCAGGCACUCGCCAACACGACAGAGCCAGACAGGUCAGUCUCUACGAGCAGCGGCGUCGACCUGGCCUCUCCUCAGAGUCAGUCUCCUCCUGCCUCUACGCCACCGCCCACAAGCACAGCACCUGCUACGCCUCCGCGAGACUAUGCGCGGGAUGCCAGCUUGCUUCAAUACGCCCUACCGCCUGCACCUCUGCCGCCCAAUCAGACGAUCCCCAACUUCUUGCGCUUCCUAGCGACGCUCAUCUUCUGGACGGGCAGCCUGACAGGCAUCGCUGUCUUCACCUACCGAUCUGUCGUGUUUCCGAGGUUAUUGCUCCUCUCGGCUCGACUGACAUCACUGCAACAGCACAACAACGGCAUCUAUGACAAGCUGCUCGUCGGUCUCAAGGCAUACGCUCAUCGCCAUCCCAAGCUUCAUCCUCGCGCUAUAGCGACGCUCAACCCGUCCGAGCCAGCCAAAGUCGCGACACCUGCCGAGCCUGCACGAGCUUCAGAAGAGCACAAACCUCUUCUUGAACCGGGCAGUACAGCUGAAACGACCUACGAAGCGCCUGAUCUUACCCGGGAUCUGCGUGCUUCGCUCAAAGUCCUAGCUGUCGAACUGAAGACACUCAAGCAGCCCAACACAAAGACCUCGCCACAUGAUUCCGGCAGCGCGAGGCUACUCUCUUCCCUCGACACGCUCUCCUCCCAAGUCUCUGCACAGUCUUUCUACUAUUCCAACCAGCACAUCAGUUCUGCCGCCUCUAUGGGACCAGGCGGAGAGCACGUCAGCCAAGCCAUACACGGCACUGCUGUCACUCAGAGUCCAGCGAUCAAUCAGUGCAAGAGCGAGAUAAGAGCCAUGAAAGGUCUGCUGCUCAACAGGCGCAACUUUGGCAUGCUCACAGGACGCAAUACUCGGCAAACAUGAUCCCUCUCGCUCAGCAAGAAUGUUGUAUGUACGUGCACAGAGAUGACAACAACACGAGCCCAUCUAUACAUAUCAGCGCAUGCGUGAGCAAGCACAAUCACAAUCUGCAACUGGACACGUCUUGUGACCUCGUUUGAACCACUCGAGGAUAUGCAUCGCAUGCCCGCCGUGCCGACACGUCUGACAGUAGCACCACGCAGAAGCGAUCGCUUUGAUAUCGCCAGUAGCAUGUGCCUGUGAAUCGUCUGC